GCACAUGCGCAUACUAUGGAUUAGGUGGCGGGAAACGCGGGGUUUGGCACUAAAGUAUUGUUGUUUUGGCGCGUUAGACGUAUUUGGUGCAGCUGAAACUUGUAAGACUGUCUUGUGAAGAGUUAUCAUUUUGUAUUUUUCAUUUGAAACUUGCAUCUAAUUUAUAUAAAUAUGUUUGAAGCACGUCUCGUUCAAGGAUCCUUGUUGAAGAAAGUUUUAGAAGCUAUCAAAGAUUUGAUCAACGAGGCAACAUGGGACUGCUCAGCCACGGGCAUCAGCUUACAGGCAAUGGACAAUUCUCACGUCAGCCUUGUUUCGGUAAAUUUAAGAAGCGAUGGUUUCGACAAGUACCGCUGUGAUAGGAACAUAUCAAUGGGGAUGAAUCUUGGAAGUAUGUCAAAAAUUCUGAAGUGUGCAGCCAAUGAUGAUGUCAUUACUGUAAAAGCCCAGGAUGAUGCAGACACCGUUACUUUUGUUUUUGAAGCCCCUAAUCAAGAGAAAGUUUCUGAUUAUGAAAUGAAGCUAAUGAACCUAGAUACCGAACAUCUUGGAAUACCUGAUACAGAGUAUAGUGUCGUCAUCAAGAUGCCUGCUGUAGAGUUUCAGAGAAUCUGUCGUGACCUCAGCCAGAUAGGGGAUUCUGUGGUAAUUUCGUGCUCAAAGGAAGGAGUUAAGUUUUCAGCAAGUGGUGACCUUGGCACUGGAAACAUUAAGUUAUCACAGACUGCAAAUGUAGACAAAGAGGAAGAAGCAGUGAUCAUUGAUAUGCAGGAAGCAGUAACCCUAACGUUUGCCCUUCGUUACUUGAAUUCCUUUACUAAAGCCACUCCGCUGGCAGCUCAAGUUCAGCUCUCGAUGUCUGCUGAUGUUCCUCUUGCUGUGGAAUACAAGAUUGCUGACAUGGGUUACAUGAAAUAUUAUCUUGCACCAAAAAUUGAAGAUGGUGAUGAUAAUUAGUUACUGAAGAAGCUGAAGUGAAAUACUUGUUUUGGAUUUCAAUCAUAUGUGAAUGUAAAUAAUUCUUGUCCUUGUUUUAUUUUGUUUUCUCCAGAUAGAAACAAAAGAAAUAUUAAGAUAAAUGGUUUUUGUUUGUUUUUUCUUUCACCAUUUUUUACACUUGCCUGAACAUAGAAAACAAAUUACAGUAAUAAAAUUUUGGUGAUAUUAAGUACUAUUAAUGAAGUUGAGAAACAAGUAAACUGUAAAAACAUAAAAUGUGAGUAAUAUUACUUUUAUAAUUAAUACCUGCUACUGUACAAUGUCUCCUUUUAAAGGGCCGUCUUAAUUAAUUAGGGUUUAUAAUAUGUUGCAAGUAGCUUAUCUAGUCUCGGAAAUGUUACUUUUAGUAAAAGUAAAACAAUUUUUAACAAAAUAAAUUUGCCACUAUAUUAUUAUUAAGA